AAAGACCAUCUCUCCCUUUCUCUCAAGCACACCCGAAAUCAUGCCAUCUCUCCUAAGCUACAUCGACUACAGCAAGCCCAGCCUAUUCGUCGCUGCUGCCAGUAUACUGUUCAAUCCGACUUUCUGGAACCUCGCCGCCCGCAACGAAUAUCGCAACAAGACCCUCACCAAGAUCUUCGGCGGAAAUCCUUACUACGGCUGCUAUGCCCUCGCUGUGACCAUCUUCUCUCUGGGAAUCUUUCGCGACGUCCUCUACGAACGAGCCCUCCGCGAUCAACCGACGCACCCUUCCCUCGUGGGGUUUCCUGCAAAAGCCGCCGCCGUGGGCCUCGUCGCGAGCGGCAAUGUCUUGGUUUUGAGCAGCAUGUGGGCGCUGGGUGUGACGGGGACAUACUUGGGAGAUUACUUCGGGAUUUUGAUGGACAACAUGGUAACAGGCUUCCCUUUCGAUGUUACGGGCUCGCCGAUGUACUAUGGGAGUACGCUGAGCUUCUUGGGCACAGCGUUGUGGUUUGGGAAACCAGCUGGCUUGGUCUUGACUGGGCUGGUACUGGUGGUCUACCAGAUCGCAUUGAGCUUUGAGGAUCCGUUCACGGCGGAGAUCUACGCGAAGAGGGAGAGGGAGCAGAAGGCUGGAAAGAAGUCGAAAUGAGGACGAGGGGGAGACGAGGAGAUGCAUGCAGUGAACCAUGAUACGAAUUGCUCUAUUCAACACGAGCGAGGACGUCUGG